AUGCACUUGUGGAAGCUCUUCAUCACUGCAUUAAUGCCAGUUCUUAAAGUGCUACUUAUAACUGCUGCUGGCGCAUUUCUUGCACUGCAUCGCUUCAAUAUACUGAGGGAGAGUGCUAGGAAACACUUGAAUACAAUAGUAUAUUAUGUCUUCACACCGGCUCUUGUUUGCAGCAUCCUGACGAAAACCAUAACAUUUAGGAGCUUGGUUAUGGUGUGGUUCAUGCCAUUGAAUAUUCUUCUCACUUUUAUCGUUGGCACAGCACUAGGAUGGUUAUUUUUGAAAAUAACUAAGGCAGCUCCUGAUAUGCAAGGCCUUGUGUUGGGGUGCUGUGCUGCAGGAAAUCUAGGCAAUAUGCCUCUUAUUAUAGUUCCAGCAGUUUGUAAAGAAAGCAAUAGUCCUUUUGGAGCUGUGGAUGUAUGUAAUAAAAAAGGGUUGGCAUAUGCUUCUCUGUCCAUGGCAAUUGGAAACAUCUGCAUUUGGACUUUUGUGUACACCCUUAUCCGCAUAUAUUCAUCCGAAAGCCAGAAUUCCAAUGUGAACAAAGUUGAUGAUUCCACAUUAAGACCUAUGUCAGCAACAGAAACAGAUCUUGAAAACCAUUCAAAAUCUUCAGUUGGACCAGUGGUUAGUGCAGAGAACAUCUCAGAGACCAAUGAUCAUGUGGCUCAACUUGAAGUUGAAUGUACAUUGCCUGGUGGAAGAGAUAGGGUGCCAAAAAAAACACAAAUUACGAAACCAAUAAAAACAUUAGUAGAAAAUCUCAAUUUGAAGGUUCUACUAGCACCUGCAACAAUUGGAUCGAUUCUUGGUCUCAUAAUUGGUGUAGUUCCUCCAUUCCAAACUAUGUUUGUUGGCGAUAAUGCUCCUUUACGUGUGGUUGAAGACUCUGUAUCCAUGCUGGGGGACGCAUCCAUUCCAGCAAUCACUCUGUUAGUAGGAGCAAAUCUUCUGAAUGGGUUAAAACGAUCAGGAAUGAAGAUUUCACUUGUUGUAGGGAUCAUUUUAGUGAGAUACAUUUUCUUACCAAUCGUUGGUGUGGCCAUUGUUAAAGGUGCAAUCCAUUUUGGUAUCGUCCCCCAGGAUCCAUUAUACCAGUUCAUUUUACUACUUCAAUAUGCCCUUCCACCAGCAAUAAGCAUAAGUACAAUUACUCAAUUAUUUGGAGCUGGUGAAACUGAAUGCUCAAUUGUUAUGCUAGCAACUUAUGCCGUUGCCUCAGUCUCUCUUACACUAUGGACCACAUUUUUCAUGUGGCUUGUCCUAUAA